AUGGCCGUUGCCCCAGAGCCAGUACAGUCUUCGUUGCCGGUACUUGGGCCUGUCCGAAAGACCCUCUCGCCCUUCGAACUCUUGAUUACCUGCAACCCGCCCAUCCUCGAAUCACUCCUCGCUCAGGUUCCAACUGAGUCCAUCUUCAAACUCUAUCAGACUUCACCCUACCUGCGUGACUUCUUCUCGAAAUCUCCCACCUCCUGGCGAUAUAUCUCAUGGCGUCUAUACCAACCCGCGGUCCCGACCGCCACCGUCGGCGUAAACGUGGCUGGAAAUAACGGACAAAGGCAAUCGAGCAACUACGCCCUCGACCAAAUCAUCCUGACAGUCAUAAACCCCUUUAGCACGAGGCUUGUCAGCCUGGAGUUGGAUAACACGGCUGUUAGUGGGACAACUUUGACGUCCACUGUGCUGAUAUUGAGGAGGGAGACCCUUCGCCACGUCUCAGUGCGCGGGUGCAAGAAUGUCUCCUUGAAAUACCACAUCAAUCCAUGGUUACAAAUGCAUGCAUUGGCUCGCGAGUCACCGGAUGCCAAAGGCCCUCCCGGUUUCGAGACCCUUGCUCUGAAGAGUUUAUAUACCUAUCGAUGCCGCCACCACAGGAGGAGGCCGUAUUUGCCGAGUAGCCUCGCACGCAAGGAGAGCGAUAGCGAGCCCACGCAUGAACUGGUUCUGACCUGCCACAAACUAGGCAUCUGGACAGAUACGGCUUGGUGCACCACGCCCGGCGCCAGGUGUUAUCGGAGGCGAGGGUAUGUGAAACUACGUAUGCCCCAGGACCCCCGGGAAGUCUGGGUAGUCUAUGAUCGCUUGUGGAGGAGUCGGAAUUGGCUGGGUCCAGCUGAGCAACCCAGAAACUACGCCUUGACCAAGAAGCGGAAAUGGGAUUGCAGGAGUUGGGAAGUUGACGAGGAGGGGAUGAACGGCGAAACCAUUGGCACGGGUCCCGAGGGCAAAGCAACGCCGGCACAUCUACGAGCAUCUCACCGAAAAUUUGUCGAAAACGUCAUCUGCCACAACUGUUCAGCAGAGAUCCUGGAACGGUGUGAACAGUGCUCGGUCAUGAUGCACUGCACCGGGUGCAGGAAGACACUAUGUGCCAGUUGCGCGUUCGAUCGUCCUUACUUGCGAAACAAGAAUGCUCCCGAAGAAGAAAGAAACAAGUUCUGGUGGGCACCCGGAUGUGCCGUCUCUCCUUGUUCCAUGCAAGAUCAAGAUCUACCUCCCAACGGAGCGCCCAACGGGAACCAAAACACAAACACGAAUACCCUUCCAAAUAUCAAAUUCAAAUGGUGUUGCACAGAGCCAGUCUUUUCAGGUGGCGGCGGCAUCACCUUCAGCAACAGUGCGAAUCGGGACUCGGACCGCAUUCGUGCGGCGCCGCUUCCAAUUGGGCAGAACUGGGAGGAUCCGGAGUUCGUUCGUGAUGCCCCCGGUGUCGUCAGCUAUCCUGCAGAUGACAGUGCACCUAAAGAAGGACCUGCCGGCCGCUGGGCGAAUAUUAGUGCUUUGUUUGAGACUGCUGCAUAUCUGACCGGUGGAGACCACCCCACCUUGUCAGUUCCUCGGGUUUUGUGUGAUGACUGCUAUGGCUCGGACAGUUGGAAAGUCAAAUGCAAGGCCUGUUCAACACCGAUUUGUAUCAAACAUGAUAUUGGUGAGCGUGCCAAAGCCCGGAUCUGCGGCUACAGAGAACUCCCCGUCGAGAGACAAGAUUUCAAGUCGAGAGUGAAGGCUUUGAAGUUGCUCGCCACAUUGAUGCGACAACGGAAAGAAAAGGAGGCGGCAGCAGAGCAAGCAGAAUUGGCCGAGGUUGGUAUGGCUGUCAGGACCCCCAAAGCUGGGAAAGCUGGGGUCAAAUCGGGCUCUCCUCUCUCCCCCUCGGCAUCGUUAGCGGUCGCAGCGGCUGAGGCUGCACUCAAUGCGGAGAUGGGAGGUGGUUCGAGAACAAUACGAACACAUCUGGCAGAGAUUGAACGGCUCCAACGUCCACUAUCGCCCGCUUCGAACAGCAGCGGGCCUCCAUCUCGAUCUACCUCUCCCUCGCCAUCGGCGUAUUCAAUGACUGCGACUCCGGAGCCGAGAUCUGCGCCUCGACGGCCAACUCGACCGGACGUUGAAGAAGGUCCGGGUUGGCGAGGCUGUCAAACACUCUUCUGCCCAGUGUCACGUUCGGCCCCUGGCGACCACAGGCGACGCUGUACAGCGGUCAUGAAGACCUGCAUGGAAUGCAAGGUUUACGUCUGUGGCGAUUGCGCAAGCAGCCUGGAACCUCCGUGUCCUUGCAAGGGGUGCCGAGCUUCUCAGAUUGAAGAAGCCAACAGCAUACCCCCAAUCCUCCCACCGACUACUGCACCAUCUGAAUCUCCUCUGUUUUUCUGUCCGAACUGCCGAUGGGAGAGGAUGCGAUCAGGAAAAUGUAAGCGGAGGUCACCAGCAUUUUUGGCUGCCCUAUCAUGGCACGGCAAGAAGCCGAAGAAGCGCAAGGACAAGAUGCGCAAACCUCUGGAAGCCCGACGGACGAGUCUGGGGCCAGGCGCCAGUUCCUCCAGUACAGAGGAGGCAAUCGAUGGGCUGGUGGACUUCUUCUCUAGUCUAAACGCCCAAUAUCCCGGUACAGGACACUUCCAAAUAGAUACGGGUGGGUCGGGGCGGUCAACUGGUGAUGGCCAAACAGGAGCUGGAAGCAACCCACAGGAUAUACAAGAUUUGGAAGACAUGGGUGCUCUGGCCCGUGAUUUGAUCCGUCGGAUCCAGCGCUUGAGAGAUCAAUUUCCUCCUGGAUCUUUGGCGGCUCUGGCGCUGCCAGAUAUUCGGUUGGACGACGAAGCCGAGGUUGCGGUCAGGAUUGCACGCACGGCGAGCGAUGCGGCCCGCGCCAUGACGCACCAGAUGUUGGCGAUGCAGCUUGGAGCUGACGUUGCGGAGCCUCACCAGCACACUGCGCAUCUCGAUCCACUCCCUAUACCUAUGCAGCCGAUCGGAGACGGUAAUGGCGAUGGUCCUCAGUCUAUAUUGGGGCAAACUGGCCAUGAGACCCAGGGGGUACCUCAAAAUGAAGUCGUCGCACCUGAACCGGCCGAGGUACUUGGGGAGGGAGAAGUGGAGGACGAGGAUGACGGACACUUUGAGGAGAGGGAAUCAAGUACAGAAUAA